GAAACAAAGCCUCUGCUACUAUUCAGCCAUUUCUCUUGCUCCAUCUUGACAUUUCCCAUGAAGCUGUUAGUACUGUUGAAGAUGCUCUUCGUUUAUUUUCUACACCCGAAACACUCGAUGAGUACCGGAUAUCAACAGCUGGAAAGGCUGGAGUUGCAGCUGCUAGAAAAUCUGUAAACAUACAGACACUGCCCAAAAUAAUGAUAUUACACUUGAUGCGUUUUGGCUAUGGAAUCCGUGGAAGCACCAAACUGCAUAAACCGGUGGGGUUUCCUCUUGAACUUUUGCUAAGUCGUGACUUGCUUGUUUCUUCAGCUAGUGAGGGCCGAAGAUUUGAACUUGUUUCCACAAUAACCCACCAUGGGAGGGAAGCCUCAAAGGGGCAUUACACUGCUGAUACCCUUUACCCUAAUGGUCAAUGGUUACGGUUUGACGAUGCAUCUGUCACUGCCAUCAGCACAAGCAAGGUGUUGCAUGACCAGGCCUAUGUUCUCUUCUACAAACAAGUAAGAUGA